AUGGUUGCCACCGUGCAUCGCCUAGCUGCUGCCAUGCUCGUGUCGUUGCUCUGCUGCUUCUUGUUCAUCGCCACGCUGAAAGCACAGCAGCAGCCUCAGCCAGCCGCUAGUGAUAACACAGCUAGUCCUCCGAGCUGCAUACCCCACGAGAGGGACGCCCUGCUGGCAUUCAAGCACGCCGUCACCAGCGACCCUGCAGGCCUCCUCACCUCGUGGCGGCGAGAUGGUGGCCACGGCGAGCAGGACUGUUGCCGAUGGAGAGGCGUCCGGUGCAGCAACCGGACUGGUCACGUCCAUGAGCUUCGACUUCGAAACACCGGAGAAGAAGAAGCAGCUAUGGAGGGCAAGAUAAGUCCUUCUUUGCUUGCUCUGGAUCAUCUAGAGCACCUUGACCUCAGCUGGAAUGAUCUAACAGGGCCAAGUGGUCGUCUUCCCGAGUUCUUGGGCUCUCUAAAGAAUCUCAAGUAUCUUGACCUCUCUGGCAUACCGUUCUAUGGUGGCCUGCCUCGCCAGUUUGGCAACUUGUCAAGGCUGCAGUAUCUAGAUCUUUCCAAUUCCAUCUUUAGGGAAAGCACAAACUCGACGGAUCUAUCAUGGUUAACACGUCUUCCUUCCAUCCAAUAUCUUAAUCUGAACCAAGUGAACCUCGGCACAGUAGUGGAUUGGCCUCAUAUCAUAAACAUGCUUCCUUCUUUGAGGGUCCUUCGUCUUUCCUACUGCUCUCUUGCAAGCGCAAACCAGUCGCUGCCACACCUGAACCUUACAAACCUCGAGGAGCUAGAUGCUUCCUGGAACUCCUUUGACCAUCCAAUGGUGACCAGCUGGUUCUGGAACAUAACAAGUCUCAGAUACCUUUACCUCCACGACACUAGUAUGUACGGUCAAUUUCCGGAUGCUCUGGGCGACAUGACAUCCCUUCAAGUCCUUGAUCUUUCAUAUAAUUAUAAUAAUGAUGAGAAGUAUCGCAUCAUGACCACGGAUUUGAAGAAUCUAUGCAAUUUGGAGGUCCUGAACCUUGAUUGGGCUCUCUUAUAUGGCGACAUAGCUGAGCUGUUUAGGAAUAAACUACCUCGCUGUUCACCCAACAAAUUGCAAGAAUUGGACCUCAAUUGGAACCAAUUAACUGGGAUGCUACCAAGAUGGAUAGGGCAAUUAACGAGCUUGGUCAUUCUGAAUCUUGGUCGGAACAACAUCACAGGAUCCCUCCCAAUAUCUGUAGGGCAACUUACCGGUAUAGCUGAUAAGCUUCCACAAUGGUUCUUCGAUGCCUUUUCAAAUGUUCGGUUCAUGAACAUCUCCAACAAUCAACUCAACGGAACUUUGCCAACCGAUAUGGGCUCCACGUCACUUGAAGAGCUCUAUCUCAGCUCAAACCAAUUAACUGGUCAUAUACCCAUACUGCCAUCAAACAUAAGUUUCUUGAACUUGUCCAACAACUUCUUGUCGGGACCUCUGCCCUCCGCUGUUGGAUCCACCAAUCUAAACCAGCUAUCUCUGUUCUCCAACCGACUCACUGGUCAUAUUUCUGAAUCUUUUUGUAAAUAUCAGCAAUUAUUUGUGUUGGACUUAUCCAACAAUUUUUUGGAGGGAGAACCACCAUUGUGCCUCAAGACAAGGAUGACGAGCAUUGAUUUAUCUUCUAACAAUUUAAUCGGUGAAAUUCCAGAAGAAAUAGUUUUCCUUGACGAUCUAGUGAAUUUAAAUCUGUCAAGGAACCACUUGAGCGGAGUUGUUCCAAACAAGAUUGGGGAAAUGCAGUCACUUGAAUCACUAGACCUCUCGAGGAACAUGCUUUCUGGGGAAAUACCGGCUAGUCUUUCAAAUCUAACGUUCUUAAGCUACUUGGACUUGUCAUACAACAAUCUUACGGGAAGAAUUCCAUCAGGAUCGCAGCUUGAUACCCUGUAG